GCCCCGGCACCAUGACUUCGAAACAAGGCAAAAAGAAAGAGCUUCACCGCAUCAACUCCGCGCACGGGUUCGAGAAAUCGAAAGAUCAGUCAUCUUUUGGGAGUAGCACACAGUCUGGUUUGACUGAAGUAAAAAGAGGAAGAUUCUCAAUUUGGCCAGAAUGGAGUGAAGCAGAUAUAAAUGCAGAAAAGUGGGAUGGAGGAAAAGGAGCAAAGGAAAAAGAUAAAUCUGGAAAAAGUCCUAUUUUGCAUUUGUUUGAUGACCCUGAAGGGAAGAUCGAAAUGCCACCAUCACUAAAAAUUUUUUCAUGGAAACGUCCACAGGAAGUUUUGAUCAACAAGACUCCUGUGGUAGUGAAAGAUGAAAUCUCAUUUGACUUAUUUACAGCAAAUGGACAUAUAAUCUGCAGUGAGCUGAUGAGAUGGAUUAUCAGUGAGAUACAUUCAGUAUGGAAGAUAUAUAAUGGAAAUAUUUUAAGCCAGCCCACAGAUCCUCCUGUUCUAAAUUGGAAACCCUGGGAACAUAUAUAUUCUCUAUGCAAGGCAGUGAAAGGGCAUAUGCCUCUAUAUAAUAGCUAUGGAAAAUAUGUUGUUAAACUUUAUUGGAUGGGUUGUUGGAGAAAGAUAACUGUUGAUGACAUUCUACCAUUUGAUGAAGAGAAUAGAUUAUUACUUCCAGCCACAACUUGUGACGUUGAACUUUGGCCAAUGAUUUUAGCUAAAGCCAUCAUUAAGCUCACAAAUGUUGACAUCCACAUGGCUGACCAAAGAGAGUUAGGGGAAUUCACAGUUCUUCAUGCACUUACAGGAUGGUUACCAGAAGUCAUUCCUCUCCGCCAAGGAUAUUUGGACAAAAUUUGGAAGUUCUUGAAAGAAAUAUUGCCAGAGUUUAAACUGACCGAGAACAACAGUUCUGAAAAACUGUCAGAUUUGAAAUCAAAAGAUGGAAAAGAUUCUAAGGAUGGAAAAGAUGAAAGAGGUGGAAAAAACGGGAAAGAUGAAAGAAGUGGAAAAAAUGGAAGAGAGGAAAGAGGUGGAAAAAAUGGAAGAGAAGAAAGAGGUGGAAAAAAUGGAAGAGAAGAAAGAGGUGGAAAAAAUGGAAGAGAGGAAAGAGGUGGAAAAAAUGGAAGAGAGGAAAAAGGUGGAAGAGAAGGAAAAGAAAGCAAAAGUGAAAGUACACAAGGCAAAGGAGCUGAUAAAGGUGAUAAAUCUGGAAAAGAGAAAGUAGAUAUGAAAGAAGGAAAGAAGAAGAUGAAAGAAUUGGAGAAGGAGAAAGCCAAGACAUCUGCUCAUAAUUCAAGGCCUCUAUCAGAUCUGCAACAUUCUCUACCUCAAUCUCAGCACUCCGUAUCACAGAUUGGAGUAUCAGGAGGGAUUCAACCAUUUGUUCCACAAUUACCUCAAAUGGUGGUAUAUGGUACUUUUAUACCUCUGAAUUUGUUUGAAAAGAAGAUCUUUACACUAGAGAAAAUGACAGAAUCUGCGGAAAAGCUCAGAGAAUAUGGACUUUGCCAUAUAUGUAGCCAUCCUGUGCUGGUGACCAGAACUAGGUCUUGUCCACUUAUAGCUCCACCAAAACCACCACCUGUACCUGCUUGGAAACUUAUUCGCCAAAAGAAAGAGACUGUUGUGACAGAUGAACCUCAAGAUCCAAUAAUAGGGAAACCUGAACAGUUUCUUGAGAUUUGUAGCACAUUUUUGAAUUACAGAAUGAAUCCAAUUCCAAUUCCAACAGAAACGCAUUAUGUACAAUCUGUGGUUAAGAAGGGGACUCCUUUUAUUGGCUUACCUUCUCUUAUUGAAGCUGAUGAAAGUCAGAGUAUUCAAGAUAUGAGCCAAGCAACAGGAAUUUUGACUUUGCAAAAUGUUUCUCAGAUGAAUCUUGGUGUUGCCAAUGGAACUCCUAAAGAAGAGCCACCAGAAACUGUGUAUAAUGUUACGGUUCGUCAGUCAGAGACGACUGACUUAUACAGCCAGGUAACAUGCAUCUUGGAUAAAUCCCAAGAAGACGUAUUAACAGAAAAUGCUCCUAUAUGCAAAGAAAUCUGGUUUGACUAUGAUGACUUCUGCAAAUGCUUCCAGAAUGUAUAUAUUUUCCACAAACCAAAUUCAUAUAUCUAUAGCUAUCAGAAGUCAGAGUUUAAGUCCACAGAUGACCGAGUGUUCUAUUAUUUAUUUGUGGAUAGUCUGAAGCCUAUUGAACUUCUGGUUUGCUUUUCUGCAUUGGUACGCUGGGGAGAAUCUGGAGCCUUACAGAAAGAUAGUCCUAUCAUAGAACCUGGCCUACUUACAGCAGAAACGUUUUCUUGGAAAUCUCUGACUCGGCGGAAUCUUGUGCUGAAGAUACAUACAUAUGCUACCAAAGCUACAAUGGUUCGCCUUCCUGUUGGGCGGCAUAUGUUAAUUUUUACUGCGCAUUCACCAGUAGGACAUCAUAUUCACCUGUGCAGCAUGGUAUCCUUUAUCUUUGGAGAAGAAGAUGUUGUUAUGCCUUAUUUUGAGAAGGAAAGCCUACAAUUUGUAGAACAUGCUGUGAAAAUCUUAAAAGCUCUUGGAUCUGUUAUGAAUAAUUUCAGAGAUAAGGAAAAACUUGGUGUUGCUAUGAAAGAAUUACGGAUGGCUCACUAUCCUCCAGACCUUAAUGAUAAGGAGCUAUCAGAACAACACUUCAAGGUUUUCUAUCUUUCUCUAUGGCGCCUGUUGAAAAAACUAUCUGGAGUUAAGGCUCCACCCAAUUUCAAAUUUGCAUUCCGAGCUCUUACUUUGGACUUCUCCACACUUGAUACCUUUCCAGAAGAGGCUUCUUUAGCAGAGUGGGCAGAUAUUAGAUAUCCUGUUGUGAUAGAAGACAGAAACUACUCUUCUGAAGAAUUAGUGGCAGCAAUUAGACUGCAAGCUUACUGGAGAGGAACUUAUGUUAGGCUCGUCAUGAAGGCCAGAAAACCAGACACAAAGCAAAAUAUUGACGUUUCAGACAGUCUACAGAAACUUUGGAGUUUGCUGGAUUUAAAUUUAGAACAAUAUUCAGUCUCUCUCUUAAGGUUAAUGUUUAAAAGCAAAUGCAAGUCUUUUGAGCAAUAUCCAUGUUAUAAAGAUGAAGAAACUAAGAUAACUUUUGCUGAUUAUUCUGUAAACUAUCCUGAUCAGCCACCAAAUUCUUGGUUUAUAGUUUUUAGAGAAACAUUUUAUGUAGCUCAAGAUAUGCUCUUGGUGCCUAAGAUGUACACUACUCUUCCAGUCUGUAUGCUCCAUGUUGUUAAUAAUGACACAUUGGAGGAAGUGCCACGAGUGUUCCUCAAAGUGAUACCUUUUGUCUAUACUAAGAAUAAGAAGGGAUACUCAUUUGUGGCAGAAGCCUAUACGAGUGAUUUUUAUGUAACAGCUGGAAAAUGGAGACUCCGUAUCAUUGGUUCUUUUAGUCCCCUGCCUUAUCUUGGUCGAGAGACUGCAUGCAGUUUAUUUUCCAUGAGGGAAAUUAAAGACUAUUAUAUUCCUAAUGACAAGCAGAUUAUGUUCAGGUAUUCGGUAAAAGUGGUACAAGGGCUCAUUGUGACGGUACAGGUACGUACUUCUAAAAGUGAUGUUUUCGUCAAACUACAGAUCCUGGAAAAUGAAGAAGAAGCUGUAAGCACUAUUGGAAAAGGCCAUGCAAUAAUUCCUGCAUUUUUUUUCCUUAGUAAUGAAAAAACUUUAAGCUCUCAAUCUAGCAAACAAGUUCUUUCUCAUAAUAUGGCUACCAAGAAAGAAGCAGAUGUUCCACAAACCAAGAAAAAAGCUGCUGCAGGAGCUCAAAAAGUUAAUAAGACACGACUUUCUGGUAUAGUUGAAAGUGGUCAGCCUAUUCUUGAUGAUGAUUCUGUUAGUCUUCCAAAUGUAGAUGGAAACUCUCAAGUUUCCCAACAGACUUAUAAGUACAUCAUACAAGCUACAGUAUUAUAUAACAGUUGGCCCCUUACAGAAAGCCAGGUGGCAUUUGUUCAGACACUUAAAGACUUGGAAAAAAAUGAUCUCAGAGAAGAACCUAAAGUAAUAGUCAAGAAGAAAAAAGGAAACCCUGUUCCAGAAUCUGCACAUUCUGAAAAACAUGAAGAAUUAAUUUCAAUGGGAUUUUCAGAUGCCCAUGGCUCCACUGAUGGGCAAAAAACCACACCUACUGCCAAAACAACUCGAAAAGGUAAAGAUAAAGGAGCUGACAAGGCAGAAAAAGAGAAGGCAGCUAAAGAAAAAGUGGCACCUAAAGUUGAACCUCAGGCUCAGCAACAAGAUCCAAAUAAACCUUAUUGGGUACUGCGCCUGGUCACUGAACAGACAGAGACUGACAUUCUAGAAGUCAAGAAGGAUACAGAGAGAGCUGAUGAAAUCCGAGCAAUGAAACAAGCAUGGGAGGCUGCAGAGCCAGGCAGGUCUAUCAAGGCUGCUCAAGCUCGCUUACAGUUUAUCAACAAAUUCACUAAGAAAUCUGAGGCUGAGGCAGAGCCUGAAGAUAUGACUAAGAUCCUGGAAGAAGGAGAAACAAGAAAACUCCCUGGUGCUGAAGCCAUACCAACUGUAGUGACUACUUACACAACUGUAUCACCUGUGAAGAAAGAAUUAGAACCUUUGGACAUUACUCCAUAUUUCCAACAAACAAUUGAUGAGCCUAUAUUAUACAAUGAGAUUUUGGCCCAGCACCAAGAAAUGCAGAAGGCAGAGGAAGUUCAUCGGUUUCGCCAGUAUCGAGAAAGAAUACUUAGCAAAAGAGAUUAUGAUUAUAUAGCACGGAGGAGGCUAAAGGCAAAAGUUUUGGAUACCUAUGGAGAUAUUCGUGCAUCAUUACAGGAGAACCGGGAUAUGGUUCUAUUGCCCCGGGAACUCUACAGGGAGAAGUUGCUGGAAGAGGAGCGUCAACAGCUAGAGGCCUUAGCGGUGGAAGAAGCCCCCGUUAAACAAGAGCAGGAGAAAAAAGCUCCUGACUACCCGAAAAAAAAAGGAAAAGGAGGGAAAAAAAAGUGACAUUGCCCUUAUUCAGGAAAAGAAAACUAGUUUUAAUGAGCAAUUGUGUAUAUUUAUGAGAUAAAAUAUUUGACCAGUUGAAAGUAUGGUUUUUAUAAGCAUCUUAGCAGAAUUCCCUAAGCAUUUAUAGUUUUUAUCUUAAUUUGUUUUUCCCCUAAUUUUAGCCUUACAUGUAUGUGAUAUUCUAAUUUCAAUUAAACUAUCCUCCAAAGUAUUUAUAUUAUAAAGGAAUUAUCUCCCCCAAUCUGAGAUGUUGGUCUUUCUUUUUAGAAAAAAUCCUAAUCAGAAACAGGUACUGGAACAUUUUCAACAACUAUGAGGAACUAACUGCUAUUUUAAAA